AUGUCUCCCCGCGGUCGUCGCUCAAGCCCAACCACCCAACUAGUGGAGUACCUCAACCGCUCCGACAACUGGUGCAACCUCAAGGACCUCCCUACAUUAGCAAAAUCCAGGCUUCGUCGAGCUCAGAACAGCGUGAAACGCUCAAAGGAUAACAACGACCUUUUGGAGUUUAUUGGCGAUCGUGUCGUAAACCUGGCUUGUUCCUUGAUCGUGGAUAAAGUUAAAGAGAGUUCCGACCACCACAUGUUUGUAGGACGCGUUCUUAGCAAUAACGAUACCCUCGGCCGAAUCGCAUACCAACUCGACCUGCACAAGUCUGCUCACCUGGACCAACGCGACGAUUUUGAAGUAACAGAAUGGAACCCCCGACACGCCAUCUCACCCCCGAAGGCCCUAGCAGACCUAUUCGAAUCAUACGCCGGCGCCGUAUACGAAGAACACGGUUGGGAGCGCGUCAUGGAUUGGCUCAAGCAGAUAUUCACACCCCUUCUCAAGCCCGCCACGGAAGACUUCAAUCGCAGGAGCGACGCAGGGUGUAACUUUUCCGAUUCGUGGCAGAGUGUUGAUCAGGAACUGCAAGACUACCAGGAGAGGAUCCUAGACUACCUCGACUUCAAAAGCAAGUUCCUGACUGAAGCGGCUCGAAGUGCUUUGGAUGCCCUACCUGCAUCGAGCCUCCAGUUGAUAUUUCGUUGGUGA